GGGCGGACUUUGCAUAGCGCACACUACUACGAACUUCUUUAUUCAUGGCCAUUCGAAGCCAACCUUUGACAUUGGCGUCCCAUCGAGUCCUUGCCCGCAACUCUGGAUCUUUCUCUGGCUUAGGAAUCAUGCCGUCAACAAAGUCGAACUUGUUUUUGACAAUCAAGGCGCCAGUCACAUCUACAACCCAUUCAGCAUAAUUGGUUGGAUUGAGUGGAUCGCCUACUUGCACUUGACUGUUACUCUCCGAAUGAUGUAGGUAUUAGAUCGUGGACUGGUCGAUAUCACCAUCGACAAGCCCUUUUACUGAGCUCCCGCUAGAGCCGAAAGACACGAACGUCAUCGUGUCUUUCGUGCUCACCAUGACUGCGAGAAGACAACGUUAUUGUUGGACCUGUUGCUCUGAUACCAUGAGAAAUAUAAGAAAAUAUAAAAAAUGAAAUACGAUCUUUUACGUGGUAUCCCCGAUUUUACGAUCAAGACUAAUAAUCCAUGGGAGAGUUCAGCCUCUCCGACUUUGAAGUAGGACAAUUACACUGAGCAGAGGGAAUGGGCUGCUCGGGUCUGGGCCGGGACGUCGAUACAUGGCCCAAAAAAGAUUAUCACUUUUCUGUGAUAAUUGGUCGAUCGAUUUAUCCGCCGGAGAGCCAUUUUUCUGGUGUAAUUAAUUAAGUAGUAGUUGUGGACGAUGACUAGUAGUGAGGCGGCAGAAUUGUUAUUCGUUUCAUAAUGGAUUAUAUAUAAUUGUAGGUUGCGGUGGGUGUUUGCGGGGAGGGCCCGAGUGGAAUUAGGUAUCAAAUUCACUUUCUAGUGUAUAUAUAUCAACCAAUACUAGACCUAAUCCUUAACCAACACAUAUUAUAAAACAAUCAUUAUAUACACACACAUAAAGAAGUUGUGGUGUUACGUUGUGGAAUUAGAUGAUGACAACGAGUAGUUGCAAAGUCAGUAACAACAAGAGAAAUCACCAAGGUGAAGGAGGAGACGAGCAACGACAUCGACGGACAUGGGCGGAUAUGUGUCCAGAAAUCCUCCAUUCCAUCUACGCCAAGCUGCUUCCUUCCCACCGCCACGGCACCCGCUUCGGCUCCGUCUGCAGGAACUGGCACCGACUCCACUCUCCGACGUCCAAAUACAUGUGGCUGGUAUAGACGCCAGGAAUUACCAACGGCAACAUGGACGGCCGAUCACAUGGGAGGAGUUCCGCUCAAGGAUCGUCGCAAAGGCCGGCGCCUGGUUGCUUCUUAGGGAAUCAGGCCUGAUCUACGCUUGUUUCAAUCCUCUGCUUCGAUAUCCUGCGAGCUUAAUCAACUUACCCCCACUGUCAAUGCAUUAUUGUACAUACCCCAACCCAAGACCCAUCAAGGGUGUCUUCUCGGCACUGCCUACGGCUCGCGACUGGAUGAUUCUCGUGGUGUAUGGCACUCGUUACUUCAGCACGCUUCGUCGUGGCAACUGGUUCUGGAGGACAUAUGAUUUCUCCCUAAAUGGGGAAAGGGCACAGAUCUGCCUCGGCGUUGCAUACAGAGAUAAAAAAUUCUUUUGUUUGUUUGAAAAGGGUGAUAUGUUGAUUUACAAUGUUGACAGGAACCUCCACAAGAACGAGAGGAGGAGGAUGUUGACCACGACAAAACCUUUGUUAUCUGAGCAACUGGAUCACCUGGACAGCUUAUAUGUUGUGGUGGCACCAAUGACGACGACGACGAAGAGUGCUCGAGAUUGUCAAUGCGAGGAAGUAGGAGGGGAUCAGGUAGAAGUUAUGGUGGUGAGUUGGAACGAGAUCUUUGGACAAGUGGAAAGAACAACUUCCGGCUACUGACAUUGGAGAGGAAAACUAUGGUGUUGACAGACCUAUUAAAGAAUGAUGAAGAUCAGGAAGCGGUGUCGUUGGAGGAAGGAGAGAUCAACAACAAAAGAGUGGUUUUAGUGAAAGAUGAGCUCCCCUUGAAGAUGAGUUGUUUUGAUCAAGGUCUGUUCCAUUGCAUAUUGAUAGCUUUUUGUGUAAUAUUUUUCCUGAUAUAUCUAAUUUUGAUUCACUAGUGCAUUAGAGGGUUUUUGUGACGAAGAAAAUUAUUGCUAUGAUUAGGAUUUUGUUCACAAAAUCUGAUUAGUGACCAAAAAGUAUUGGUAAGAGUUUUGGUCAGUAUUCAUCCCGUUAGAAAAUGUAUCUUCAGACCAAAAUAUUGUUUUUGUCACGAUACGUAAUCAUUUAGCGGUCCUAUUUAUGAAUAAUUUCGAUUAUAUUUAUUUAAUUAUACAUCUCUUUUCAUAAAUUUAUCAAAGUAAUUAUUCAUCAAAUUAAACUAUCAAUUAUUUAUUAUUCAAUUGUGUAACUUACUUGUCGUGCAAUCCAAAUUUGAAAAGUAACCUUCCGAUAGUUAGCUAAGCGUAUUAGACAAUAAAAUAAACUAACACGUAUAAACAUUAUAAAAUGUAUUUGAUGACCUAAAUUUUUUAUCUUAACAAAAUAAAUGUGUUGAGUGAGAAUUGGGUAGCAAAUUGAAAGCUUUGGCUAUUUUUGUUCAUAAGUUAAAAGGUUUGACUAUUUUUGGGCAUUUACCUAAUCCUGCAAAUCCUGCAGAAUUAAGUUUUCGAAUUCAUUAAAAUUCCAAAUCCUGCAAAUAUUUAAAAAGUUUGUUAUAACUAAGGCUGCCUAGUCUUCAAGUGUUCUGUGCCUUGGGCCUUGCCAUGUGACUGAAAGGAAGAAAGAACGACUUGGGCCCUAAUCUGCUUGGUGGACCGCUGCGGGCUAACAAAUUCCAUUGUGGGCCCGGAUUUGCCCAUGGACAGUGCGGGCUUGGAUUUGCCAUCCCAAAAUUGUCUUGAUUAGCAAUGGUUAUGGAGAUCAGUGUAGGAUUAAUUCCUUUAUGCCACAACUUUAUCAAACAUAAAGCUAAGCCACUUGCUUGCUCUAAUUAUGGGCAUGUGCACAGUGUUAUAAAUCUUUGUGAAUCUAGUAAAGUAGCCAUUUUUUUCCUUUAAUCGACACUACAAUAAUUCUAGUGGGGAAGGGUGAAUUAUCUACAAGAAUUGUUAAGUUGGUGAUUGAAAUGCAGUUUGAGUCCAGUACCGUCUCACAAAAAAUUCUAACGGUCAUGGGUGUGAGUGACGUACGUGGUUCAUGGGUCGGCAAAAAAUUAUUGAUACUAAUUCGAGUGGGUAGCGAAUAAGUUUAGGUCCCUCAAUUAAUAAUAAAAAUUCGUUUGUUCAUCAUACAAUUAUUCAAUUAGUGGGUAUUUUAUAUCACUCGACUAAAAUUGUAUUCUCGUAGUGGGGAUAAGAAAUUGGCACAAGAAAAAAAACCAUGCAAAAAUGUAAUCCUGCCAUGGAAUUCUCAAAAGUCAAGUUUGUUGUGAUGAGACUGGUAUAUAUGGUAGGUGAAACUCUCCAACAAAGUGAUAACUAACCCCAAAAUAAAAUCUAAAAUCAGUGGGUAUUUUACUAUUUUAUAUAUUAUUAUUUUUUCUGAUUUCCAAUUUGGUGGGCUUCUUUUGCAUAGGUCAGUCAUGCCCCCACAGGCCACAACUAUACUCUAGUAUUCUUUCCCCCCACUAAACUUGAUUAAAUAAACAUGUUUAGCAUAUUGAUGAUAUGAUUAGCUGAUGAUUAGGCGGAUCAUUGGUCAUUCUGGGAUUAAAACCUGUUAAAUUACAAACUAAUCGAAAUUUUUUAUACAUAUUGCCUUGGAAAAUGAUACAUGUCUAAUAAAAUUUAGUAAAAUCAUAGAAUUUAUAGGAUCUAACAUAUUUGCAAGUUCAUAGAUUCUAAAAAAGUUUUUAAGUUAAU